CCAGGGGCGGCGGACGGGGCCACGCAAGUGCGCCGGAUUUUCGGUGUGUGCCUUGAAUACCAUACAUUUCCAAUGCUGCGGCGAGUUGAAGCGAACACAAUCCCGAGCUCUUUAUUAGAUCCUCUGCGCGUUCUCUCUCUCUUUGCCGGGGAGUUUCGGUCGGUCGAUUUUUAACAUAAAACACUAAUGUGCUUGUUCGUGCAGACUGUGGAAAGAGAAGUCGUGGAAUCAUCGACAUUUCUGGAAUAUAGAGAACAGUUCGGACCGAGGAAAGUCUAAAAAGCAUUCUAAAAAUGAUGUACAUCACAACCCUGUCGCAUCUCAUGGUGGUCCUAUCCGUGCUCGGCAGCGGAUGGGGUCAAGGCCCCUCUACGGCCCAAGAAGCGGGCGCCAUCAGCGUCGAGAGAUCGUUACCAACUUCACCUGAGUCAAACGGGAGAGCGACUGACGACACGGCAACGGCCACGCCCAUGGUCACGCCCACGCCCAGUCUGCUGAAUACGGAGAAGUUUGAUUCGCUGGUCAAGCAAGUUAUGACGUCACAAGGUGCCGAUAUGCAAGAUGAGAGGCAGAUAUGCGAGAGCCGCCGCUCGCUUGAGCCAACGUUUCUGAACUUCACCACAGAUACUGGAGAUCGAUAUUGUCCUUCCUAUUACGAUGAGAUACAGUGUUGGAAAGCUUCUCUACCUGGCAAUGUGACGAUGCCAUGCCCGACAUUUUUCUUAGGCAUCCAAUACUCCAACGCCACCUCGGUGGUACGUGUCUGUUUAACGAAUGGGACAUGGGGUAAUGACAACAAAUCUGACUACUACAGUUGCACGCCCGUAGACACUUUUCUCGAGCCUGAAAUUCAUCUUCUCCGCCUCUCUGUCAUUGGCAAUGUCGGAUACUCGAUCUCUCUAUGCACAACGUUGGGGGCGCUACUGAUAUUGAUAACAUGCAAGUCGCUGUGGUGCUUACAGAACUACAUCCACAUGAACUUCUUGUUUAGUUUUAUAAUCAUCACCGUUACCUUACUCGGCUUCUUACUCGCAGAAAAUAAUUCCGACAUUUAUUCAGAUGGUCCGUAUAUCUGUCCGACCAUUGCCGUCCUCUUGACCGCCUCUAUGGCCAAUUUCUGUUGGAUGCUGGUGGAAGGUAUCUACCUCUACAGCAUAUUGGUGCGAGGGGUGACGGUGACCCUCAAGACCCUCUGGGUCUACGCCCUCAUCGGAUGGGUGGUACCUGUUACCCUUGGGGUUAUUGAUGUGACUGUUCGGAUGACAGGAUUGGAUGAUUACCAGACCAAGAAUGAAGCGUGUAUUGAAAACAACAAUAUUGACUACAUCAUCAGAAUUCCAAUUUGUCUAAUUGUUGUGAUCAAUGUUUAUUUUCUGGUCCACAUCAUCGUCGUCAUCAUUCGAAGGCAGAGAUCAUCGACCACCAGCGAUAUUCCUCAGUACAAGAAAGGAGCGCGAGCCCUCCUCGUGCUGACCCCCUUGCUCGGGGCGGCGUACCUCUUUUUCUUGAUCGAACCCACCCCCGAUGAGCCGACAGUAGCCACCCACAUCUACAGGUACAUGCAGGUUCUUCUGCAGUCUACACAAGGCUUCUUCGUCGCACUCUUCUACGUGUUCCUGAAUCCAGAGGUCCAUAAACUAAUCAAGCGUCGCUUUGCGAGUUUGAGGGAGAACAACACCCUUUUCUCCACAGUGUCUUCUCGAAACGAGUCCAAACCUUCCCUUCCCAAUAUCAUCUUCUUCGCAAAAACAACCAAGGAUGGCGAGGGGAAUAACGCACGGCUGCCGACAGAGGGCGACAACAACACUCAUACGCAGAACGGGGAAGCCCCGUAUUCCUCUCUGCGCAGCUGCAAUGAGCAUGAUGUGGGUGAACCAGAGACGACUUCACUGGGGAAGGAAGCCCAGGAGAACGACGUCAACGCGAACAGUUUUCAUCAUGAUCAGCGAUGUCCGGACACCGACAUCGAAUCUGCUCCUUUUGUGAGACACACAGGACAUGAUGACGAGAAGGAAAUGGUAGAAGAUGGCGGCAGAGGAUGAAAUUUUUCAGUCCAAAUCUGAAAAUCUGUCGCCUUCUCACGAAAUGAAACUCUUGUUAUAAUGGGCUGAAGUCCCACGGGAAAUUUUAUUUGUAAAAAAUGUUAUCCUGCAUUGUUGCACCUGUUGGUAAAGAAAAUAAGAUGCCCAAACAGCCAUAUACCUUUUCACAAGAAUAAUGCUCAUUCGUAACAAAUAAAAGUUUUAUUUUGUACCAUAAUAUCUGACUUGUAAGUCAUAAUAAUGAGUGAUUGGUUUAGUCGAGUUGAUAGAGUGAUCUCACUCUUUAAAGCUUUUCACCUUUCUCUUCGACUUGUGGUGUUAAAUUGCCAGAGGACC